AUGCGUUAUUCUUUAGCCGUUCCGGCUUUCGCAGCCUUGGCUGCUGCUCUUCCUGCUCCUCAGGAGAUCGAUCUUGAUAUGGUCAUCGCACAGCCUGACAUCUCCUACACCACCACUGCUUCAAGCGUCACCUACGACGUUACCUCUAUCGCAGCCCAGGCCACUUCCGACAUCUCUUCUAUCUCUGUCGACAUUAGCGCCAUCGCUACUCAGACUCCCGUCGCUGUCAGAAGAAAUGUCGGAAAGAGAGCUGCUUGUGCUGCUCAGCCUACCGGAGUUGCUUCUUACGCCGUCAACACCCCCGAUGACACCGCAUCUGCGUUCUCAGCCAACCCUUCUUUUGCUGCCGCUGCUUCCGCAGCCCCUAUCCCUUCUGGUUACUCGAACACUUUCACCAACUUGAACGCCUCCAACAACGCCUACGGCUACAUGGGAUACACCGCUCUGUCUAGCUACGACACUGAGAAGUGUGCUUCCAAGUGCAAUGCCAUCAACGGCUGCAUGUCCUUCAACACCUACUUUGAGAGAGACCCUUCUCUUGAGCCUGGAUCUGGAUGCACCGACCCUGCCAGUGUGACGAUGAUAAAAUGCGUUUUUUGGGGUGGUCCUGUGUCGGCGUCAAACGCCAACAACUACGGACAGUACCGCAGCAAGUUCCAGGUUGUUAUUGCUGGCUCCAACGGCUACAUGAACAACACUCUUGCUGUACCCGAAGGCUUCACCUCUGCUCAGUACCUCGGCAACGCUGCCAUCAACGCUCCCCUUGACCACGAAGGUUACGACACUUUCAUGGGUAGCCGCAUCUUCACUGCUGGUCCCUUCAACGCUUCUCUCUGCGCCGCCCAUUGUCAAGCUCAGAACACUUACAACAUUGCCCACCCUCCCAACAACGGCUCUCCCGUAAAGAUCUGCAACUUCUUCAACACUUACCUUCUCUAUCUCAACAAGACCUCCAACAGCCAAGGCCAAUACUGCUCUCUUUACACUGAAGCUUGGGACUCAAGCUACGCUACCAACAAGGGCCAAUACCGCGGGAACGACCACUACAUGAUUGAGUAUUCCUACUCCUUCACCAAUGCCUCAAGUGCCGGGUUCAAUCCUAAGAAGGGAGACACCAACGGAGCUGUCCACCAAGCUUCUGUUGACAUUCAAUACGCCACUCUCCAGCCUUUCUGCUCCUCCGCCCUAGGAUACAGCGCACUCCUUGCAACUGUUACUCCCACGACUGUUGUUACCCCCCUCGCCACCAGCACUGUUCUCCGCACAACCACUACUACUGCAAGCAUCAACAAGCGCGCUCUGUCUACACCUGCUGUUCUGACCAAGUACCCUGCAUCUAUCGUCGCCAGCGCCUGUUCCAUGUUGGUCAGCCAAGCUACUAGCACCUCUACCUCGACUGCUCCUGUCACCACCAUCCAGGCUGCCACUCAGACCACUCUCGAAACUUCGGUGAUCACCGUCACUGCUUCUCCUAUUCCUAGCACUUGCGGUAACAAGGGUAUCCAAUAUGCUUACUACGGCGGAUCUCAGUACACUGAGGGCGACAACGUCAACGCUGUCUACCCCGAGCACUAUGCAAACCGCAACCCCACCUGGGCCGCCGAUACAACCAAGGUUGGUGGUAUUGACAUUAGCUCCAGCAACUCUCAAGCCAUCUCGCUUUAUGGUUCCAGCACACAAGUGUCUUCGCAAUACUUCAUCCUGAACCACCGCGGUUACAUCUUCGCUCAGGUUCCCGGUACAUACACCUUCAUCAUCUCCAACCCUGACGACAUCGUCUUCUUGUACCUCGGAGACAAUGCCGUCAGCGGAUGGACCAGAGGUAACGCCAAUGCCGUUGCCUCUUGCUGCAGCAACUAUCCCACUCGUGCUUCGACCUCAUACACCCUCGAAGCAGGAGACUACCUUCCCUUCCGCAUCUUCUUCGGUCAACAGGGCGGUCCCGUCAGAUUUGCUUUCUCCAUCACUGCUCCUGACGGCACUGUUAUCCUUGACAACAACACCUCUGAGUCUGACUUUGUUGUUCAGUACUCUUGUGACGGUACUUCCGCCCCUGCCUUUGCUCCUUUCGGACAGGGUCAGUAA